AUCGCAGCGCGCGGAGUUGACAAGUGCGCCUCCCCCUCUCCAAACGUUGUUUGACAUACCCAUCGUUAUAGGCUUCGCCUCAGGCAGUUUCUUUUUUUAAAAGGCAAGCUCAAAGCCGCAGAUUAUACAUUUUGCUCACAAACCGUGCGGGUUAAAUAACCUACAGAGGGAGAGGCAUCGGGAAUCAGACGCUUUUUCUUUCCCAUUUGGAGACGGAGACGUUGCGCGUAAACGGCGGAGCAUCACUGAAGGAUAAGAUAGCCUACAUAUAUGUGGAUAUUUUCUGCUCUUUUUAAAUUGACUUCAAGGUUGCAGGACUGCAGAGAGGGGGUAGCAGAGAGAGUGUGAGCUUUGGAUGCAUUGCAAUUUGGGACUUGAGCGCGCAAAGCACCUGUGGAUGCAAACACCCCCUUUUGUUUGGACUGAAGCCUUUUGCAAAGAAAGGAUUCACCGUAAGAUUUAGUUGAUACACGUUGCAGGUUGCAAUCAAACAACCUUCAGUUCAGACUAAAGUGCACCAUGCUCCUGCGUAUUCCCUUCCUGGUUGUCACCCUGCUGAGCAUCACCGACUGCGACUCGUCCUACGUGCCCUGCCAGCUGUGCGACAAGAAGGCCCUGUCCAUGUGUCCGCCGGUGCCGGCCUGUCAACUUGUCAAGGAACCCGGCUGCGGCUGCUGUCUGACGUGCGCGCUCGAAGAGGGCCAGGCGUGCGGCGUGUACACGGAGCCGUGUGCGCGCGGGCUCCGCUGCCUCCCCAAGACCGGCGAGGAGAAGCCGCUGCACGCGCUGCUGCACGGCCGCGGGGUGUGCAGGAACGAGAAGUUGUACAAACUGCUGCAUCCGUCAAAAGAUGGAGAAUCUCACGAUGACGCCAUGCUACCUGUCCCAGAGUCAAUGCUUCCCCAAACCAAGGUGCCUUUAUAUGGAAUAGACCACAUCAGCAGUCGGAAGGCCCUGGCCAUGAAGCAGGCCAAGGACCGCAAGAAGCAGCUGGCGAGGCUGGGACAAACCAGCACCCUGGACUUCACUCCACUGAGCCUCGACAAACUGGAGCCAGAGUUUGGACCCUGCAGGAGACGACUGGAUAAUCUCAUUCAGAGCAUGAAGGACACUUCUAGGGUUUUGGCUCUCUCUCUUUACAUCCCCAACUGUGACAAGAAGGGCUUUUUCAAGCGUAAACAGUGCAAGCCGUCUCGUGGUCGGAGGAGGGGGAUUUGCUGGUGUGUCGACCGCUUUGGUGUGAAAAUCCCUGGCAUCAACUAUGCCGGCGGAGACCUGCAGUGCAAAGAGCUCGACAGCAGCAGCAACAGCAACGAAUGAAAGAGCUAACCGGUCAAACUCGUUGAGCCCUGUUCUUUUUAAAACCUGCCAAUCAAGCUAGCACGCUAAAUGACUGCCAAAUCAGGAAAAAAGUGACACAAAUCGUUAUAUACAUGGUCAGGUGUGAUGGACUGCAUUGUUCUUUUUGUUGUCUCGUUAAAGGAGAGUUGAACCGAAGUUCUUGCUUGGGUUAAAAUCUGCACAUGUAGGUCUUAAUUCUGGCCCCAAACGGACUGUUCUGAGGUAAGCUAACACCAGGCCUCUUUAUAUCCAUAGAUAGAAUAUAGGAUUAUAUAUAUAUUUGUAUGAUACUGAUGAUAUAUUGUCUACUUGAGUCUGUUAAAUUUUACCUAGAAAUUGUAGGACAAAACUUUUAAAUGUGGCUACAAAUCAUAUUUUUUCUUAUUUGAUUCAGUUUUGUAGUAAAUUAGCCAUGUAAUGCUAAAUGUUAGUAGUGUAAAUGAUAUUCUGGUAUAAGGUGAGUUUUUAUAUUGUCAUCACAUGGGGAAAAAUGACUCCUAAGUGGACAGGAGUCAUACGCUUAAGCUGUGGUGGCAGGAUAGCUGUCAUUGUUAGCCAGUUUUGCUAAUUGGAGGCCUAUAGCUAAAAAAGCCUACAUACCAAAAGGAAUAGUUUGACAUUAAACAUGAUUGCGUCAUUGCAGAUAGUAAGAUGACAAAACACCACUUUCACACUUGUCUGUUUUGAAAGAAGAAGAAGCCGAGAACCCCAUAUUGGACUCUGUCCAAUUGUUUAAAAAAUCCACCGAGCACCUCAAUUGCGCACUUAUUUAUUAAGUUGUGCUCAUAUUUUUUGGUUUAUUGACAACACAAAUGUUUUCUGAAAAUGUGAAAGAACUCACUGAUCAACCAGGAUACAUUUUUUUGACUGGAAGCAGCUAUUUCCUGUUGUCUCUGCUAGCCUAGCAAGGAAUCGAAGCUUGCACUACAAACUCACCGAUAUCAAUUAAGAAUUCAACAUUACAUUGGUGGAAACCAAAUCAGAAAUUAAGAACAAUACCCAUCAGAAUCAUGUUAAUUUUUUAGGUGGUGAAAUAUAACUUUUCGACAUCAUAGUAAAGUAAAUAGGCUACCAAAGCUUAGCAGUGCAAUUAGCCAUAACUGUAGCUCACAUUCUGUCCCUAUCAGAAGAGUCUUGUAUGCGUCUACUUGUUAAACUUGGUUGUAUUUUAGGCAAUUACAAUAAAACCUGACUCUUGAACAAACUGUAUUUUACAGUAAAAGCUUAAAUAUUUUAACAGCUCUUGAAAGGCCUUUUCCAAGUCCAAAAAAUGGCGUCCACUGUUUGUAAAUGUAUGUACAGAGUGUGUGUGCAUGCUCCUGCGUGUCUGUAUGUGUGUAUACUGUACUGUACUGUACGUGCCAUGCCCUUAUAUUGUUCUCAAUGACAAAAAUCUCUGGUUGAAAUGCUUACAAGCUAAGUCAAUCCAAGCUACUGCCUGGUGCUGUUCAUUUCCCUCCACACACAAAUCGUAUGCAAACACCUCACGUUGGUUCUGUUUCCACGUGCAGGGUGUCCACAGGCAAAUCUGUUGGCCGAUGGGGACUUGGUUUUCCGGGUCUCUUAUCCUGCAAAGAGCAAGGUCGCUGAGUUUGUAUGUAAAUUCAAGUGCCUUCUGGCAAACGCCACUUUGAAUUUGAUUUGCAUGUGGACCCAAUGUGUUGUUGAAGAGGGAUACUCCAGAAAACAAUGAUCUCUUAGUCAAUCGCCACUGUUUGUUAUUUUAAUCUCCAAUGAAUGGCUAUUACAUUCUCAGACAUUCCUAAUGCAUUGACAGGGGCUCAUGAAACUCUUGCUGUUAAUAGUAGCACAACACAGUGACACUUUGAACUUUUCAAAAUCUCAGCUAAGACACAAGAUUAAUGUGAACAUCAUGGUGAAAUAUUUAUCAGGCGUGUAAUUGAUGUACUCGUUUUUGUAAUGACAAAUCACUAUUUAAAUAAAGUUCAUGUACUCACUAAAA